AUGGACUACGAGUGCCAAUGCGGGUGCGAGCGGCACGAUUGGGACGAGCCGGAGCAGGUCUCGCCGCCAGCGAAACGAGCGAUCAGGCCACUCCCUCACAAACGACUUCGAGCCGCAGUCCAGCACGGAGCGCACGCCGACGGAGACGCAGUGGCGAUCAAUGGUGACUAUUCGGCUGGAUCCGGCAGCGAGAGCGAGGGUGAGGGCGCACGGGCGCCGAUGCCGCUGAAGGAGGCAGCGGCGUGCGACGCGGGGAGCGUGGAAGGAGAUGGCUACGACGACGGAGAGGUCAUCAUUGCACCGUACGACCGCUGGCCUCGCCAGGACGAGCCGUUGGUAGUACCGCGUGACCCGAAUCGCUCAGGCAGGGACGACGCAAGCGAGUACGAGUCGUCGCCUGGAUCGCCUGCCUCGACGACAUCGUCCGCAUUGUCGGUGCAGCUCCCGGUGUACGCACAGACGGGCGUCCUCUUCGGCGACGAGGGCAAGCGCAUCGUCGACUCGCUUGCGACCGCAUCCUCCUUCUCUUCGGCCGGCCUCUUCGGUGGUCUCGGAUUGGCGACGCUGCAUCCCGCCCUCGCACCAGCGGUGGCGGAGCGUCACUACGAGGAAGACGAGGACGGCGACGAGGACACGUACGGCAUCGUCGACCGCUCGCGCCCCCCGGUCGAACCGUCUCCAGUCAGUCAGGCCGGCGCAGCAGCUCUCGUGACGGGCGGCAGCAACAAGAAGAAGCGGAAGAUUCCUGGAAUGCUUGCGGCGCAGAACAACGACGUGGACGAUGCUUCGGACGGCUACGCGCCCCCGGUCGAGUCGACGCAAGAAGUCUCAAUCCCGGUUCCAGGCACGCCCGCGCCCUUCAGAUCAUCAAGAGGUCCUCUCGCUCCGGCCAACCCUCCUACGACUGUCGAGGCGGCGCUCGCCAAGCUACGCAUUCGCCCUCCACACAUUUCCCUCUCCGACUCUGUCUCCUCCAGCCGUCGCCAUCGCCGCAAACGCAUGCGCACCUCCGCGGCCAAGCAGCCACCUCUGCCUCUUCCUGCCGCUCCUUCGUUCGUCCCGCCGGCGAUGCCUCGUGAAGGGCCGCGCCCCAUGCCCGGCAUGAAGGGCAGCAAGGCUAUCAAGCUCGCGAUGAAGGCCGAGAAGGAGCGCGAGAAGGAGAAGGAGCGGAUCCGCCAGCUUUUUGCGCAUGUCAGGGUGCCGGACUUGCUGGAUCCCGAGGGCAAGGCUAAUCCGCCGCCGAGCGUUGUUACACGCGCCAUCAAAGCGGAUCUCGACCGGCGCAAGAAGGAGGGCAAGCCAGGCAAGGUAGACACCGAUGCUUAUCCUACUCCACCGGGCUCGUCCGACGAGGGCGAGGAUGUCGACGCGUCCGCUCCGCCGAUCCCCUCAACUCCGCCACAACUCGACCUCUUCACUUUCGUCGAGUACCCUCCCGAGGUCAUCGAGUCGCGCUGGACCGCUCUCAACGACCAGAAGGAGCGAUUGCGGGCGGCGAAGGAGCGGGCAGCCAAGGCUCGCGAUGAGGAGGAAAGGCGGCGCAAGGAGAAGGAGGAGAAGGAGCGCGCUGAUGCAGCUGCUGCGGCUGCCAAUCCUGCACCGAAAUCGGCGCCUGCUCCUCCGCCCGCCGUACCGCCGACACCGCAUGCCACGCCGAAGCGCAACACGACCGUGCCUGCUCGUCCGGCUCAGCCUCCCGUUCCCGCCUCUGCAGCAGCUCCUCCCGCCGAGCAGCCUGCCGCGCCAGCUCCCCCGCCAGCCGUGCCUCUCCCGCCUGCGCCGCCAGCGCCACCCGUCCGCACCGCGACGAAGAAGAAGGGCAAGAAGAAACGCUCGGCGCACGCCAACGCCCUGAACGUCCACCACCGCGACAACUACGUCCCCUCGCGCCUGCCUUCGACGCCGCAGCAGACGCACGACGGCUCGACGUCGGCGCAUAUGCUCUCAUGGCCGGCUUCGGACGAAGCAUUGGCGUCCGCGGGCCCGUACGCCGGCACAUGCGGCGGCGGCCACUUCUGCGGACCCGACGAGUGGCUCUGCCUUUUCUGCGAGUACGAGCUGUUCUAUGGCGAGGAGCCGUUGCUCCUCAAGGCGGUCAGGAAGAGGAAGGGCGUCCUCAAGGUGCGGAAGCAGGCGCGCGAACGGGCUUCCAAGGCCGCGCAGGGUGCGCCUCCCGCCACGACAACUUCGACACCAGCCCCAGCAGCAACAGCGAACGACGCCUCGCCUGCUCCCGCUGCCGUGCCGCCCGAUCCAGCCUCUCCUCCUGUCAAUCCCGCCGCCCUCUAG